GAAAGGAUGUGGCUGACAGAUGGUACAGUGAAAUAAAAAAUUACAGCUUUCAAAACCCAGGGUUUUCUUCUGGGACAGGUCACUUCACAGCAAUGGUUUGGAAGAAUACAAAAAAGAUGGGGGUUGGAAAAGCAUCUGCUAGUGAUGGCUCAACGUUUGUGGUGGCUAGAUACGAUCCAGCUGGAAAUGUAGUAAAUCCAGGCUAUUAUGAAGAAAAUGUCCUUCCUCCAAGAAAAUAACUUUUUUUUAAAGGUAGUCUUAUUGCUUAAUGACAAGUGAACCUGGAUUUGGACUUAACAGUGUUUGAAAUGAAGUACAAUUCAAUGAAAUUUCCUGUUUGAUACUGCAGUUCACUUCUCAUUACAGAGGAAGCAAUUACAUGUUGCUUGAGUCGAUCUGCACAUUAGGUCCCUGUUGUUUCUGAGGGGGCUUCAGUUUCUUUGAGGAUGAAGUAUAUGCAGCAUUUCUGAAGGGUAAAAUUUAUAAGGUUUUUUUUAAUAGUUUGCAUGAACUCUGUGUCAGCAUGUGAGUAAGCACAUGUUGGAUGUCUCUUUUUAAACAGGCAAAUUUAUAGCUUUCUGUAAACUGAAGAUACCAGCUUGUAAUUAUAUCACGUACUCCCAGUUUUCCAGUAUGUUUUAACAACUGUAACUUCUUUGCUCUAUCUAUACCUCCUGCUACU